CACAGCCGCCAAGCGACCCACUACAACACCCUGACAGCACCUAAGGAAGCUUCGCCUGCAACUUCUUCACCAGCGUCUCCUUCAGCAGCAACUGCCACCUCCCCGACCCUCCCAGGGAUCCCCCAAGCUGCUGCUCUUAGACAAAAUGUAUUAUUCUUAAGGUUAAAGACUUUGAAAAGAGAAAGCCUCGUCAUGGUCUUUUAAAAACGUUUCGAAUCAAUUCGUAGCAGACGAUACCUGCUGCAGACCACUCACCUGACGAUACCUGCUGCAGACCACUCACCUGACGAUACCUGCUGCAGACCACUCACCUGACGAUACCUGCUGCAGACCACUCACCUGACGAUACCUGCUGCAGACCACUCGCCUGACGAUACCUGCUGCAGACCACUCACCUGACGAUACCUGCUGCAGACCACUCACCUGACGAUACCUGCUGCAGACCACUCACCUGACGAUACCUGCUGCAGACCACUCGCCUGACGAUACCUGCUGCAGACCACUCACCUGACGAUACCUGCUGCAGACCACUCACCUGACGAUACCUGCUGCAGACCACUCACCUGACGAUACCUGCUGCAGACCACUCACCUGACGAUACCUGCUGCAGACCACUCGCCUGACGAUACCUGCUGCAGACCACUCACCUGACGAUACUUGCUGCAGACCACUUGCCUGACGAUACCUGCUGCAGACCACUCUCCUGACGAUACCUGCUGCAAACCACUCGCUUAACGAUACCUGCUGCAAACCACUCACCUGACGAUACCUGCUGCCGACCACUCGCCUGACGAUACCUGCUGCCGACCACUCGCCUGACGAUACCUGCUGCAGACCACUCGCCUGACGAUACCUGCUGCAAACCACUCGCCUGACGAUACCUGCUGCCGACCACUCACCUGACGAUACCUGCUGCCGACCACUCGCCUGACGAUACCUGCUGCCGACCACUCGCCUGACGAUACCUGCUGCCGACCACUCGCCUGACGAUACCUGCUGCCGACCACUCGCCUGACGAUACCUGCUGCCGACCACUCGCCUGACGAUACCUGCUGCCGACCACUCGCCUGACGAUACCUGCUGCCGACCACUCGCCUGACGAUACCUGCUGCAGACCACUCGCCUGACGAUACCUGCUGCCGACCACUCGCCUGACGAUACCUGCUGGAGACCACUCGCCUGACGAUACCUGCUGCCGACCACUCGCCUGACGAUACCUGCUGCCGACCACUCGCCUGACAAUACCUGCUGCAGACCACUUACCCGACAAUAUCUGCUUCUCAUCACUCGGCUGACGAUAACUACUACACAUAUCUCCUGCAUCAAGGUUUUCUCUGGUUAUUGCUGUCAUUACAGCACGUAUAGUAAAGAAGACGACUGUGACCUUCAGUUGCAGUUGUCCUUUGGUAAAGUGGAACACUGGUUACCAACAUUAACCAUGGAAUCUUCCGAGCCUAAUAUCCGUAUGCCCGCCGUGCUCAUGCCCUCAUAUCUCAGGUUGAUCAAUACAGAGGAGGGUAAGACUGCCAUGAAGAGAAUUCGCGUUGAGUGUGGGGUCUGUAAGGCCACACGGUUUUAUUCAAUUCAUAGAGGAAUCACACGCAUCGCUGGAGUUGUGGCUUGUGAAGCAUGUCGACAGUUUUACCAACGUUUCAAGAAACAACCGUGGGUUUUGAACUGUAACAAAGGAGGCAGGUGCUUUGGGCUAGAUGAGACUCCAAAGAAUAAAUGCAAAGCAUGCUGGGUUGCGCACAUCAUCUGCCGUUGUCCUGUUCCCUUGAGUUUGUAUAAUCAUCUCGUAGGAUACCUGCCCACAGAUCUCAAGAGCAAAAUGGCCGGAAAACCACCAACAGCAGAGGAGGUCCCCGAGAAGGAGCGGGGGGGUCUAGGUCUUGAAAUUUACCAAGAUAAUGACUGGGUAGACGUAACAGACAAAGCAGAAGUAGAGUCUUUACUUCGUAAUGAAGAAGAAAAUGAAACUGACGAACCUAAUGAGCCAGAUGUGGACAUUGAGUUCGAGGCUGAGGAGGAAAUGGUUGAUGAUCCGGUUUUGCCAGAAGCAAAUGCACCUGAAGUUGCCUCAAGUUCUGUACCCAAACCUAACCGCCCAGGACCCAAGAAAGGCAAGAAGACUGCAAGAACUGCUACUCUUGCUGAUGAACAAGUUAUGUCAUCUGCAAUACAGCAUCUGCAGAUAAGUAGCCAAUUAAAAUUCAUGGAGAACUUCAACCCCAAAACCAGCGAGAGAGUACGGCGCAAGAAGAAGAAAGUGCAAUACUUCACCAGUACAGGAAGGACGAAAAACCAGAAUCAGCAAAGUAUUUAUGGACCUGAUGGUGCACUUGUUAAUUCCGGCAAAGAUUUAUGUGACUGCCUGCAGAGUGACUGUCCUGGAUGCUACUACCCUUGCCCCAAAUGUUUUUCUGGGAAAUGUGGCAGUGAAUGCAGAAUGAACAGGAAGUGGUACUAUGAAAAAGUUGAAGUCGAGGGUACAAAACUCACUUGGACAAAUGAAUUUGUGAAGAAAAAAUAAUUUUUAGCCCCUACUAUCCACAUAAUUUAGCAUGUCAUCAAGAAAGAUAUUGAAUGGUGAUAUGUAUUUGUACCACAGAUUAUAAAGUGACCUCGCUCAAACUUAACUGUUUGGGCUGAACUGAUUUGUAACAUGCGUAAGAUUUUGUUCGAUCCAAUAAUCCCCCAAGUACAGUACAUUGUACUGUUUACCUGCUCAAAAAAUAAUCUCAGUUAUGAUGGUUUUCUGUACAUUUUUUAAACACUAUUUUUGAUAAUGUGUAUUAUUGUCAUAUUUGAGCUUAUUUUAAAGUUGUAUGCAUGUAAUUAAUUUGUAUUUUUAUUAGGUUGGCUAUUUAAAGACAAGUUUAACUGGUAGUUACAGCAACAGCUUAAGCCAGCACAUCCCAGUCUAUACAAAUAUAUUGUGGUAUACCCACAAAAUAUCCCAAGAGUGCUGCAGCGUCUUAUUAUUACCAUUUUAAUCAUCUGGUGCAAUGCAAACAUUUUAAAUAUAAUUUAAAAUUAUAAUAAUAUAUAGAUUAACUAUAAUUUAAUUAUAAUGUGAGUGCCUGUACUAUGAAUCCUUCCAGAAUAACCAACUCUGUUACACAUGUCUUUAAUAAUUCUCUUGAUACAACAUUAUUUUCAUUACCACACAGAUGCUGAAGUGCUAAGAUUAAAUUAAAUCUUAACAUUAUAUUAAAAUGUUAUAUUUUGAAUGCUAGUCCUGCAUAUUUUUUUUUUCAUAUUAAGGACUUUGGCAGUUAAUGAACAAAUACGUAUAAUCUUGAAGCUAUUUUGCUUUCAUUUUUUCGAGUAUCAUUUUCCAAGCCCGAUAUAGGAUCAGGCUUGGUGUAUGAGAGAGACCUUACAUGAGCCCAUUCGUCUUACAUAAUUGCAUAAAUAUUAACAUUUGCACCACUCGGAGGUUAUUCUAUUUUAGAAUGCCAUCAAAAUAUAAAGGGAAUGAGAUAUUUAUGCACUUGAACAAGGAGAUGGAGCUAAUAGAUUUGUUGUUCUCUAGUUUUGGUGGCACAUUUUAAAAGUUGCCAGUUUGGCUGCCUCAUACUUGAGUAUCUUUCAAUUAAUCAUGUUCCUGUUUGAUCAAGGACUAAGAAUAACUGAACUGUUAAAUGUGAAAAGUAUUGAUUGUGUUGAUUAAAUAAAUUGCAUAGUUUUUGUAAAAAAUUUAUUGUAACAUUUUAAUAGAUUAUAUUGACAGUCAAUUUGUAUUAAAUUAAAUUAAUGCAAGUAAUGGAAAAAUUAAUUAUUAUGGUAAUUAAAGAAGAAUCAAUUAAAAUGAAUGGAGAAAGAUUAGAUGUAAUAAAGAAGUAGAAAAAUAGCAAUAAUUAGUAUGACAAGCAUCUGCAAUAUGGGAAAAAAAAAGUUUACUUUUGACAUUGUGAAUAACAAAUUGGUUGAUGGUAACAAUACAAAGAAAAUUGGAUGAAGGAGUCAGCACACAUGGGUCAUAACAAGGCAGCCUGUGGGUUGAUGCCUUUAUUAGCCAAAUCAUCUAAAACAUUGCUGCAGUUAUACAAACAUUAACCUACACCAAGUUAAAAAUGGCUCCAGUAUAAAGAGUAUUAACAUGAUCCGCUAUGAUACCGCAGCACAGCACCAGUAUAUAUUGUAGUUUCAAAGCGUUAUAUGACAGAGUGCUGGGAAGACGGGAUACCACGAGCGUAGCUCUCGUCCUGUAACUGCACUUAAGUAAUUACAGUGUAAGGCCCGAUUGUUUUUUUUUUUGGGGGGGGGGGAUCAUUUUCACACGGCAUUAGCUACUUCAUUUCAAGGUCUAAUUCCAAGGUAAAUAAUUUGAAUUUUCUUUUUUUGUUACGUUUUAUAGUGGCAAACAUGAACACUGAAUAACAAAACAGAAAAGGAUUGAAUAAAAACUCCAAGAA